GGCGCGCGCGCACAUUGCACAAAACGUACCUCGCGCGGUAAUAUUGCGGCUCGGUAUCUGCUCGCAAGUGAAGUUUACGAACUAUUUACAGUGAUAAAGUGAUAAUUAACAGUGGUAAAAUGGAGACCAUAAAUCGGCUGAUAGAUGGCUACCACGACAUAAUGGACAACCACAGUGACCCUCGGGUGAAGGACUGGUUCCUCAUGUCCUCCCCACUCCCGACCCUCAGCAUAUGCCUCACAUACGUCUUCAUUGUAAAGUUUCUGGGACCAAAACUGAUGCAGAACAGAAAACCUUUCGAUCUCCAAAACGUUUUGAUCUGGUACAACCUGUUUCAAGUUAUCUUCAGUUGUUGGCUAUUCUAUGAGAGUAUAAUCAGUGGGUGGUUCACGACGUACAGUUUCCGGUGUCAGCCCGUAGACUAUUCCAGAAGUCCACAGGCUAUGAGAACCGUAGCCGGAUGCUGGUGGUAUUACUUCUCGAAAUUCACAGAGUUCUUCGAUACGUUCUUCUUCGUGAUGCGCAAGAAGUUCGACCAUGUGUCGAAGUUGCACGUCAUCCAUCACGGGAUCAUGCCGCUCUCCGUGUGGUUCGGAGUCAAGUUCACGCCAGGUGGUCAUUCAACCUUCUUCGGGAUGCUGAACACGUUUGUACACAUCGUGAUGUACAGCUACUACCUCCUGGCGGCCCUGGGUCCUAAGGUGCAGAAGUUCCUGUGGUGGAAGAAAUACAUCACUGUGCUGCAGAUGGUCCAAUUCGUUCUUGUAUUCGUCCAUGCUUUCCAACUACUGUUCAUCGAAUGCGACUACCCGCGCGCGUUCGUGUGGUGGAUCGGCAUGCACGCCGUACUCUUCUACUACCUAUUCUCCGACUUCUACAAGCAAGCCUACAAGAAGAAGGCCACGAAGGUGAAGGUUUCCAACAACAACGAUUCCGCCAAGCCCGACGCGGCGCUCUCCCAGAAGAACACCCUCCUCAACGGCUUCCACAGCUCUACCCUUAACGACGUCCGACAGAGGAUGGCGGGCGCGGUCGCCUCGCAGUGAACACAAGACUUUUAGGGUUCUCACACAAAACUGCGAAUUCGCACCGCAUCGAUUGCUCAUUUUUAGUACGAGUUUUUUUCGCAGAUUUUUGCGAUAUGCUGCGAAUUCACAGUUUUGUGGGAGCCCUUAGUGAUAUUUGCUCCACCACUCUACGGAUAAAGCCUGUAGCCGAGAAGUUUUCUUUAUCGCUUCUUUAUGGAAUCCCU